AUGGCCGGGCCAGGGUUUCGGGGCCACCCCACAGGACCCCUCCUGCUGCUGCUGCCGCUGCUGCUGCCGCCCCAGGCUCUGUCGGAAGGACCCCUGGUCUUCGUGGCUGUGGUCUUCCGCCAUGGCGACCGGGCCCCGCUGGCCUCUUACCCCACCGACCCGCACAAGGAGGUUGCAUCCACCCUGUGGCCGCGUGGCCUGGGCCAGCUGACCGGGGAGGGGGUCCGCCAGCAGCUGGAGCUGGGCCGCUUCCUGAGGAGCCGCUAUGAGGCCUUUCUGAGCCCCGAAUAUCAGCGGGAGGAGGUGUACAUUCGCAGCACAGACUUUGACCGGACGCUGGAGAGCGCGCAGGCCAACCUCGCGGGGCUGUUCCCUGAGGCCGCCCCAGGGCGCUCGGAGGCCACCUGGAAGCCCAUCCCUGUGCACACGGUGCCGGUUGCUGAGGACAAGCUGCUAAGGUUCCCCAUGCGCAGCUGUCCCCGAUACCAUGAACUACUGAGGGAGGCCACUGAGGCCACCGAGUACCAGACCGCCCUAGAGGGCUGGACGGACUUCUUGACCCGCCUGGAGAACUUCACCGGGCUAUCGCUGGUUGGGGAGCCGCUACGCAGGGCGUGGAAGGUUCUGGACACUCUGAUUUGCCAGCAAGCCCAUGGUCUUCCCCUUCCAUCCUGGGCCUCCCCAGAUGUCCUGCAGACGCUAGCCCGGAUCUCAGCUUUGGAUAUUGGGGCCCACGUGGGCCCACCCCGGGCAGCAGAGAAGGCCCAGCUGACUGGGGGAGUCCUGCUGGAUGCCAUCCUUGCCAACUUCUCACGAGUCCAGCGCUUGGGGCUGCCACUCAAGAUGGUGAUGUAUUCAGCUCACGACAGCACUCUGCUGGCCCUCCAGGGGGCCCUGGGUCUCUAUGACGGGCACACACCCCCUUAUGCUGCCUGCCUCGGCUUUGAGUUCCGGAAGCGCCUCGGGGACCCGGAGGACGACGCAGGGAAUGCCACCGUCUCCCUUUUCUACCGAAACGACUCUGCUGGCCUGCCCUUGACCCUCAGCCUCCCCGGGUGCCCAGCCCCCUGCCCACUAGGCCGUUUCCGCCAGCUGACAGCCCCUGCCCGGCCCCCGGCUAAGGGGAUCCCCUGCCAUGGCUCCCAGAAGCCUGCCACUCCUGCAGCCACCACAGUGCCCCUGCUGGCUGGGGCUGUGGCCGUGCUGGCAGCACUCAGCGUGGGGCUGGGUCUGCUGGCCUGGAGACCAGGCUGCCUGCGGGCCUGGGGGGGCCCCGUGUGAGCCAGAUCGGGCACCACCCCUUCCCCACAACACACACUGGAUCCCAACACAUCUGUUCGUCACCUGCUGCCCUGGCUUCUGUGACUUACUGUGUGCGUCGGGGGAAGGCAGGGAGGGCUGCCUGGCCUGGAAGCCACAGGCAGUUGAGUGUGUGCAUGUUGUGACACACGUGCAUGUACAUAUACGUGUGCGCUCCUGCACUGCUGUGCAGUGUUUCCACACACACAUUUGCACAUCCGUACACGCACACUGGUACCUGUUUAAGCCUGCCUGCCUGGGGAGUUGCGUGACGGUCACAGGACCCCAGGAAUGCCCUCUGCACUUCCGGGUCCUGGGGGAGCCUCUUGUUUAUAGAUACACAGAAGACCCAAAGAAAGUUCUAGUUGAUUCCUCUACCCUACUGCUUUGAGCAGCCCUUCCCUCAGCAGACUGCUGGGAUGGCUAAGGAGAUGGGGACACCACUGGGGGUGCUGUCCAUCUGUGCCUGGGGACCCUGGCCUCACUGGGGGAUGGCUCUCCUUCCAGCUCCACACCAGAACCCAGCCAAACACCACAGCUCACACACAGGGACAUGCGAGGUGUUUAA